AUGGCCGAUAUCACCCCCUUCAUCACCGUCCUGGAAGCUGCCCAGAAGAAGGAGAAGUUCACUGCGGAGGUACAGACCGCUGCCGAGGGCAUCGAUGUCGAAGUCCUGAAGGCCGCCUUCGCCAAGGUCUCCGAGCAGGGCGAGUUCGAGAAGCUCGACGAUGCCGCUGAGGCCGAGACCCUCCAGAAGGCCUUCGAGUUCGCCGCCAAGGCCGUUAUGAUGCUGCAGAAGCCCCCCGGUCUCCUGGAGAAGAAGGACCUGUACAUCUACUUCAAGGUCAGCAAGGGCGAAGCUAUGGAGCAGCCCGGCAGGUUCGAACUCCAGAAGAAGCAGCUCUUCGGCGCCUGGGAAUCCGUCAAGGACUACAGCGUCGCCAAGGCAAACCAGCGCUACAUCGAGCACGUCAACAACUUGAUUGUCAAGUACGGCACCGUCGACAACUAA